AUGGUAAAAAGCGAAAGGAGGCUUGACAUCCUCGUCUUCCUCGUUAUCAGAGUAGUCCUUGAAGUCCAGGAAAUCUGCCUCGAAAUCAUCAUCGAUGCCAACGAUCUUAGAUCGCAAGGGCUUGGAGUAGUAAUUGCUUUUGUUUUUCUUGAGAGUGGGGCCCCAGAGCAAGUCUUCAGUAGCCCGGAGAGAUCGGCUAGGCUGAACGAUGUCGGAAAUGAUCGCACCGCCACACAUAGUCUUCUGUUUGGUUUCCUAGAAAAUGUUGAAGAUUUUCCAGAGGAAAGUUGA